GCGGAGUACCGUACUGCCUAUACGCACAACAUAUGCAAGAUGACGGGUGGCUAGAAACUGACCGAUUGGCCUUUUCUAUUCUCGAGUUUACAACACGAACAUUGUAAGUGAUACCAUAUAUGUUCUUUCACAACCCAGAAAAUAUGUACUUUCCUUUUAUCUAUUCGGGUGCGGGGAUAUUAGCAGCGUGAUUUAGACCGGGGCCAACUGUGCCUCCGUGUAGAGCCGCUAGUCACGUUAAAGAUACGGGUGGGGCUAAUGCCUCAGGAAGCAGCCCUGGCGAUAACGGCGGGCAAGUUUGUUUCCACCGGUGAUAAGCGUUCUUUCCCACUUCCACCAUCCGAGUAAAUCAACAUAUCCCACCAUGGCUCGCAAAAAGAUCAUCAUUGAUACGGAUCCCGGCAUCGAUGACAUCCUCGCCCUGCUGCUGGCCUUGUCCGCCCAGCCAGAAGAGGUCGAGCUGCUGCUUAUCUCGUUGACAUUUGGCAAUAUUGAGGUGAAGAGCUGUCUACGUAAUGUGGUUUCUAUGUUCCACAUCCUCGAGCGUGAGAUCCAAUGGCGUCGCGAGAAUGGCCGCCCUGAAGGUUUUGGGGCUAUGCGUGCGUUCCGUCCCGUUGUCGCCGUUGGUGCAGAGGAACCGCUAGAGGACCAGAAGAUGCUGGCUGAUUACUUCCAUGGAACGGAUGGACUCGGCGGCAUCCAUGCUAGUCACCCCCACCUCACUCCUAGUCAGACUUGGGAGCACCUGUUCGACCCGGCGGUUGAUCCCCAAGGUAUCGAGACCGUCAAGACUGGCGCUGACCUCGAGGACCACUCCUUCAUUCCAUCCAGGCUGCCUGCUCACAAGGAAAUCUUGCGGGUGUUGCGUGAGAAUGAAUCGAACACGGUGACUUUGGUUGCCGUCGGCCCACUCACCAACUUGGCUUUGGCAUCCGCCGAGGAUCCCGAGACCUUCCUUCGGGCAAAGGAGGUUGUUGUUAUGGGCGGUGCGGUGAACGAGCCCGGCAAUGUCACCCCAGUCGGUGAAUUCAAUGCCUAUGCGGAUGCAUUUGCCGCCGCACGGGUAUUUGCCCUCACAUCGCCUAACCCCAACUCGACUCUGCCGUCUAGCAAGACCUCUCUGCUCCCACCAUACCCAGCCAAGCUGAGUCGUCAAUUGACCCUCCGCUUGUUCCCACUGGACAUCACUCUGCGGCACAACCUCUCCCGGGGCGAGUUCCGCACCGCCGUAACCCCCCUCGUCGAGGCCGGCUCUCCCUUGGCCGAAUGGGUCUCCGCUUUUAUGGCACACACUUUCCAAACCCUGGAAAGACUGCACCAAGGCCACGUGGGCGACGAUGCCGAACUCAGUCUGCACGAUCCGGUCUGCGUCUGGUACGCUUUGACAUCCGAGGACCCGCGCUGGGCGCCCACGGCCACUUCUCCUGAGGAUAUUCGUAUCGAGACGACGGGCCAAUGGACCCGUGGUAUGUGCGUCGUUGACCGGCGUAACAGGUACCCGAUCGAGGGUGACGAGGAAAGCUCGAGUGACCACGGCCUUUGGUUGAGCCAGCGUGCUGGUAACCGUAUUUAUCGGAUGGACGCGUCGCCUGUGGAGAAGACGUUCGGAAGGCUCAUUAUCGAGAAGCUCUUCAAUUGAAGUUUUAUUUGACCUUUAGCUAGAUUGCUAGCUAGAACUUGAUGAUGACGAAUAUAGAUCGUGUCUUCUUGACCUUAUUCACCAGGGCGGGGGCGAUCACUGGAGCAUAGCUUUCCCCGCUUGGAUGACUGCCCAGCCGGGAAUAUCUUCUAGCCCGCCGCAGGUAUUUAAGAAAUGCCAUGGUUAUCCCGGGGGCUGGGUACCACAUCUGAAUAAAACUCCCUGUCAUAUUGAAAUGGAUCCACAAACUCAAGCACGCUACUCGG